AUACACAGUCUAUAACUGUUGAAGUGCCCACAUUUUGGCUAAUCAGGGUGUACUUCAUAGAAUAUUAUAGGAUACAUACUGUACAUAAAGGGAAGGUGCGUGCGGGCUGAGGUGAAAAAGUUGACGGGCAAGUUCAGCACAGAGGAAGUAACUACCAAAGCUACGUAUUGAGGAGUGUGCUGCCAUGUUCCUAAACUUUAUUCAGUUUGUAUGCAGGACAGGACCGUGGUAUAUUCAACUGACGUUUUUAUUUUAGGUGUCCUUCUUUUUAAAAAGAGGAGAGUAGACCCUACAUUAUUAAUUGUCUAUCAAAUACAUAUUAGACAACUGGGGGUUGUAAUUUGUAUUUUAGAACGAGGUGCGACUUCCACUGACGAAGAUCCCUGAUUUGCACAGGGGAGACACUGAAAGCUCUCCCCCAACUAUGGAAACAGAGGCAACUGAUGUAUACUCUGCAAGUAACGGAGACUGCCCUCCCAGGAAGACAGAGAACUCUAGAAUGUUGGUGGACCUGUCGGCAAACACACCCAAUGGACAGCAGCUCCAGCAUCCUAAUUCACCCACUGAAAACACAAUCAAACAGGAAGAUGAGACAGAAGAUGAAGGGGACAGGAGGACCACAACAGAGGAUAUGGGCCAAAGCGGGGAAGAGGGAUCGGGUUUGGAGGAGCCCAUGAUUGACAGCCCAAACAACCUACAGGAUGGGGUCCCCGGGUCAGAAGGGUCAUCUGACCCAGGAACUCGGCUGCCCAAUGGUGAUAGGCCGUUCCAGUGUAACCAGUGUGGUGUGUCGUUCACUCAGAAGGGCAACCUGUUGAGACACAUCAAACUGCACACGGGGGAGAAGCCCUUCAAAUGCCCCUUCUGCAGCUACGCCUGCCGCCGUCGUGACGCACUCACAGGCCACCUACGCACACACUCAGUGGGCAAACCACACAAGUGCAACUACUGUGGGCGGAGCUACAAACAGAGGAUUUCAUUGGAGGAGCAUAAAGAGCGUUGCCAUAACUACCUUCAGAGUGUUGCCAUGGAUCCCACCUCCAUCACCGGACCUUAUCCAGGUGAGGUCCCUAAAGAGCAGAGGCCCCUGGCCGAGGCUGUUGCCAGGGCAACCUUCGACCGACCACCAGUCAUCGAGAGACUGCAGAGUAACAUGGGGAAGAGGAAGAGCACCACCCCACAAAAGUUUGUGGGUGAGAAGAUGAUGAGUUACAGUUACCCAGAGAUGAGCUAUGACAUGAGUCUGAAGUAUGAGAAGGAGGCAGAGCUGAUGCAGGCUCACAUGAUGGACCAGGCUAUCAACAAUGCCAUCUCUUACCUGGGCUCUGACUCCCUGAGACCUCUGGUCCACCACCCCCAUCCGCACCACACGCCACACCCAUCCCUCUCAAUGGCUGAGGUGGUAAACAUGGGCAACCCCCUCUUCCACCACGUCUACCCCCUGGAACCAGGGCCAGGGCACCGUAUGGACAGACCAAGCAGCCGGGACGCCCCACCUCAUCCUUCACCUCUGCACCCUCCUCUUCCUGACUUUACUCCCUCGUCCAACGGGCCCAUCGCCCUCACCAGACCCAAGCAGCACCAGCUCCAGGGUACCAGAGAGGAGAGAGAGUGUCCUAGCAACAGUGGGCUGGACUCUGCCGAAUCUACACGGAGCAGCCCACAGGAGAGGCUGGGUUACUACAGGAACCACCGAAACAACCCCCACCCCCGACCCAGGUCCAGACCCAGCCCAGCCAAUGGCGGGAGAGAGGAGGGGCAAGGUGGGGCUGAGAUGGGUGGGGUGGGGUUGACAGCGGAGGUGGUCCGGGGAGAGGCGGCAGAGACGAGUCGGGACGGGGUGCGUGUGUUUGGGCGAGAAGGCCGGGAGGUGAGGGUGUUCCAGUGUGAGCACUGCUGUGUUCUCUUCCUGGACCACGUUAUGUACACCAUCCACAUGGGCUGUCAUGGUUACAGGGACCCGCUGGAGUGCAACAUCUGUGGCCACCACAGUAAGGACCGCUACGAGUUCUCAUCUCACAUCGUCCGCGGGGAACACACCUCCCAGUAGAGGGCUGGACAAGACAGGAGCCAUCCCUCCCCAUCCCCACCCCAGGACUGUGAUGUGGAACUAACUGUGUGUGAUCAAUGCAUCGAACCAAGGCAGAGAAAACUAUCUAACAUUUGCUGCAGCAUAAUGAUACUGACUAUAUAAUUCCAAACAAAUAUAUGAAGGUCUGGGCCAAAUACACAUUUUCAUUUUUUAAGGUGUUUUGAAGAUUGUUGAGAUAUGCAUCUGAAGUGAGGGACUUCUUCGUGUGGGAAAAAGAGGACAAAGAACAAGUACACCUAUUCAGUUUUGUUGUGGUCUGUCUCUGAGAUUGUCAAAGAGCAACUAAUACUGUGAGUAGUUAUAUUAUAGUUUUAUAAGUCGUUUCACUGUCCUUGUCUUGGAUACUGUAUUGUUGCACUUGUUUGCUGCAACACAGACUGCCAUGGAAGAGCUCAACUUGUCAAGGGGCUUUCCCUGACUCCACCACCCAAACCAUUUCAUGCAAUACACAUCUCCUCUGUCUUAUGUCAAAAGCCUUGCUAACUGCAAACUGCUCAGACAUGUUGUCACACCAGCCACAUUAGAGAGGGAGAGAGAGAAGAGCGAGUGAGAGGGAGAGAGAGAGAGAGAGAGAGAGAGAGAGAGAGAGAGAGAGAGAGAAGAGCG